GGAGUGCGCAGCAGUCAUGCCUCAGCCGUCGCUCGCCUCGUCAGUGUUGGAAAAUAGGAGAAUUUUACCUUUUCGCUAAAAUAAACCGGUUUUUUAGCUCUUGUGCUAUCUCGCGACCGCCCGCUUCGUGGAAAAGAAAGUGAUAUAUUUUGCCAAACUACUCGAUAAUUUAUCUUUUCCCCCGUCCAUGAGACAAAAGGGGCAAUAAGAUAAAAGAGGGAGUGCAGCUGUGGUGAUGUGCCGUUUCGGGGGCUCAUCCUUCAUUUCGCAGGUCAUUCCUCUAACCUGAUGCUGUUGACACUCCCGACGCUGUUCAGCUCGGGGAUGGAAACGCUUUGGAAGCCACUUCAACGGACCUGAAGCCAGGAACGACAGUCUUCCUCCCCCCGGAAACAAUGAGCCGUUUAGGAGCCUGAACAUCUCGUGAAAGGACUGUAAGUGAACUGAUCCAGCUCUGCCAUCCUGCCCCUCUAACAUCCCACUGUGUUGCACCACAAUCAUGUUCUUUACCCACUGUGCCCAACCCAUGGAGAGUGCACACCCACCCAGAUAGGAUGCCUGCCCUGCUUAAUGCCCUGCACCCCCUCCUGCCCAUCACCACCUCCUCCUUCUCCUUGUGUGUACCUGCUCUUGCCAACAGUUCCUUGCGGCCCCCCAGGCUCCACCCUGCCCCAUUACAACAUGGUGGAUGAGGUAACCACCAUGAAGGAUGAUGUCAUCAACGCCAACACGCUGGCUUGGCUGGUCUGCUCGGGCGUGUCCAUCCUUGCCAACACUUGGAGUAUCCUUAGCGUCAGUGCCAAGCAGAAGAAGUGGAAGCCACUGGAGUUUCUCAUCUGCACCCUGGCGGGCACACACAUCCUCAACAUGGCCAUCCCCAUUACCAUGUACUGUGUCAUAACACUGCGGCGUCAGCACUCCAACUACGAGUGGAAUGAGGGUCUGUGCAAAGUGUUUGUGUCUACCUUUUAUACUCUCACACUGGUUACCUGCUUCUCUGUCACCUCUCUCUCCUAUCACCGCAUGUGGAUGGUUCGCUGGCCUGUAAACUACAGAUUAAGUAACACAAAGAAGCAGGCGGUACACACAGUGAUGGGUAUCUGGAUGGUCUCCUUUAUCCUGUCUACACUUCCAGCAGUGGGCUGGCACGACACGAUCGACCGCUUCUACACCUCUGACUGCCGAUUCAUUGUGACAGAGAUCGGCCUGGGCUUCGGAGUCUGCUUUUUGCUGCUGAUCGGUGGCAGUGUGACCAUGGGUGUGAUCUGCAUUGGCAUAGCUCUCUUUCAGACCUUCUCAAUUCAGGCAGGUCACAAUGCUGACAAGAACAAGUUCAAUGUUCCCACCAUAGUGGUGGAGGACGCUCAGGGAAAACGCAGGUCAUCCAUUGAUGGAUCAGAGCCUCUUAAGACCUCACUGCAGAUCACCUACCUGAUCAGUGGUAUCGUCUUCAUCUAUGACUUCCUGACUGGUUUCCCCAUACUGGUGGUGAGCUUUGCUAGUCUGAAGUUUGACCGCUCCUACAACUGGAUGGUUUUGUGUGUGCUUUGGUGCUCCAUUGCCCAGUCCAUCCUGCUGCCGAUGUUCCUCUGGGCAUGCGACCGCUAUCGGGCUGACAUCCGCAUGGUGUGGGAGAAAUGCGUCGCCAUCAUGUCCAAUGAUGAUGUGGAUGAAGAAAACAGCCAAGAUGGAGGAAUUCAUGCCGACUUAAUAUAUGACAGACCAUAUGACUAUAGCUCGGCGCCUGAAAUCGUGACGAUAGACCGUAAUGCCAAGUAUGAGUUCUCAACCUUAGAAAGGGGGGUUCUGCAAGGGUAUCCAUUGAGGGAACAACAGGAAGAUAAAAUGCAGUAUUUGCAGGUGCCCCCUACAAGAAGAUACUCCCACGACGAAACCGACAUGUGGACCAGCGAGCGGAUCCCCUCAUAUCUACACAGAUGGGGCUCCACCGAGGACAUGAUAGUGAGUGCCCAUUACAGCUCCACCUUGCCGCGCCGCGAGAGGCGCAGGAGCAGCCUGGUCUCCUACCACGAGGAGAACCAUCGUCACCAUCACCCUCACCGCAAACGGCGACGCUCUGAGGAUAGCAUGCACUCUCUUAGGCACCUACCGCGUGUGGUAUGUGGUGGGGAGCAUUACGAGGACGAACUGCGGUGUUUCAGCCGUGAUGAAGUGAUAAACUUUAUAGAUGAGACGCCGCUGCCGAGUCCCAGGAAGAGCCCGAGACGUGCGUCCACCAUCUCAAUUAUCCCUAAUGUGUAUGAACAGCACAUAGUCCUUCCCCACUUUCCACUCACAGACUUUGAGCGUGAGCCUCAAGUGCUCAGGCGGUUGUCAGAACACAAAAGAAGCAGUAGUAGAGGCAACUCGCCUGAAGCUUCACCCAAACCUGACAGGCCUCCGGGAAAGAAGAGUCCUGGGGCUUGUAGCUCUGGGAAAGGUUGUCGAGAGCGCCAGCGAGAUGGGAAACAGCAGGGCGAAAUGAGUUCACCUGGGUGUAGUCAGCAGUCUCCAGGGCACUCUGGCUCUAGGCCCAGGACAGGAGGUGGUGCUGGUGCUGGUGCUGGAGCUGAAUGGGUACAACAGAAGCAUCUAAGCAAGGCUGAGAGUAGAGGAAGCACAAACAGUUUUGCAAGCACACCCUCAGCGUCAUCCUCGGGAUAUAUCACCUUUCGCUCUGAUUCUGUUGGUUCCACCAUGUAAAAGACAAGUUUUUCCUUAUUUAUAUGAACAGGAUUACUGAAUCAUAUUGACAACCACUGGAAUAUUGGUGGUAAUGGAAAAGUGAAAUACUGAAAUAUUCCGGCCUUUUUACUUAUACCACACUUCUGUUUAACUAUAUACCACCAAUAAAUAUCUGUUAUGCUAACUGGCCUUGGGAGCUUUGGACAUCAUUUCUGAAUGGGCCUAAUCUUGAUUUUAUUAUGUUAGUAGUGAAAAAGCUUUUACAUCACAAAAUAUCAACUGAGGACAUUUUUCCCAUCACUGAUGCAGAGAAAUAGUUUUUAAACAGUGUGAACUUCCCCUAACCUGGCUUUUGGUGUUUGGUAUUGUUUCAUAUGAAAAGAUCAAAGAAUUGGAGAAGGUAGUUUUCAGGGUGGUGUUUAUUUCUUUUUGUCACUCAAAAACUUUAAUUUAAGUUUUUGUUUCAUUUGCCCUCUAAUGACUGUGUGUGUUUUGGUGGAUGGCUACAAAAUUCCCCUGAAUACUGCCAGUGUAACCUGACCUUGACAUUUUAGAU